AUGUUCUUGGUUCAACUUUCAUUUCUUCCUUUUUCAUUCUUUUUCUUUCUGGCUUUCAUUUUUUCAUUCAUUUCUUUUCUUUAUUUCUUCUUUCCUUUGUUUUCUAUUUUAUGUUACCUUCUUUCUUUCUUUCUUUCUUUCUUUCUUUCUUUCAAAGAUUUGCUUUUCUUUCAUUCAUUCUUUCUUUCUCUUAAGGACCAUCUGUUCUUUCAUUCUUUGAAAAGCGUUUUCUUUCAUUCUUUCUUUUUUUCAAAGAUUUUUUUCUCUCCUUCUUUCAAAACUGAGUUUUGCUUUUCUUUCAUUCUUUCUUUCGUUCCUUCUUUCUUUCUUUUUCUCUUUCUUUCUUCCUUUUCUUUCAUUCUUUCAAAACUACUUGUCUUUCUUUCAAAGAUUUAUUUUUCUUUCAUUCUUUUUUAUUUCAUUCAUUCUUUCUUCUUUUUUAAAGAUCAAAUUUCUGUCAUUCUCUCAAAACUGCUUUUUUUUCUUUUAAAGGUUUCAUUUUCACUCUUUCUUUCAUCACUUCUUUCUUUCUUUCAUCACUUCUUUCUUUCUUUCUUUCUUUCUUUUAAAGAUCAUUUUCUUUCAUUCUUUCAAAGCUACUUUUCUUUUUUAUUUUUUAAAAGUUUUGAUUUUCUUCAUUCUUUCUUUCUUUCUUUCUUUCUUUCUUUCUUUUUUCCUUUAAAUGCUAUCUUUUCUUUCAUACUUUCAAAAUUGCUUUUCUUUCUUUCUAACUUUCUUUCUUUCUUUCUUUCUUUAUUUCUUUCUUUCUUUCAAAGAUUUACUUUUCUUUCAUUUUUUCCUUUCUUUCUACCAUCUUUUCUUUCAUUUUUUCAAAACUGCUUUUCUUUCUUUCAAAUAUUUGUUUUCUUUCUUUCUUUCUUUCUUUCUUUCAAAGAUUUGCAUUUAUUACAUUUUUUCUUUCUUUCUUCUUUAAAAAACAUCUUUUCUUUCAUUCUUUCAAAAUUGCUUUUCUUUCUUUCAAAUAUUUGUUUUCUUUCUUUCUUUCUUUCAAAGAUUUGCUUUUCUUUCAUUUUUUUCCUUUCUUUCUGUCCUUCUUUCUUUCUUCUUUUAAAGACCAUAUUUUCUUUCAAUCUUUCAAAACUGUUUUUCUUUCUUUCAAAGAUUUGUUUUCUUUCUUUCUUUCUUUCUUUCUUUCUUUCUUUCAUUCUUUCAUUCUUUCUUUUUUUUUUCUUUUUUUUUCUUUCUUCCAAAUUGUUUCUUUCCGUCUCUCUAGCAUCCCCUCUUUCAUGUUUCUUAACUGAACACUUUCUUCAUUUGUUUCCUUCUUUCUCGGUCAUUAUCUUAUAUUAUUUUCUUUCUUACCUGCUUGAUUUCUCCAAGGUUCCUUCUAACUUGAUGAGUAUUUGCAGAGUUCGCCGGAAACUAUUGAGACGAUAUCCGUGUCUGGGGGGGAAGCACGAUCAUCCUACGAUUUGUCACGAAUUAGCCCAUUGGGCAAUCUGA